AUGACAUAUAGACGUUCAGAUGGACAGGUCGGCAGUGGCGGGCUGCAGCGGUGGCGCCGGGCGCCGCACCCAUCGGCACUGUGCUGUGCCGCCCGCGUUGCGCGCCCUGGCCCCCGCACCGCUGAAGCGGCGGCAACGCCAGCAGCGGUAGCGGAGGAUCCAGACGGCGCCCUCCCCAGCAGCAGCAGCCGCGGCAGUAACCUUGUCGUCCCAAGCAACCGCGGCCACGAGGGGGCCAGCAGCAGCGGGAACGGCGCCGCGCACGAGCAGGAACGGGAGCAGCACGAGCAGCGGCAGCAGCGGCGGCAGCCGCAGCGGCAGCGGCAGGAGCGGUGGACCUACAAGUAUCCCCGCGCCCGCGGCCCCGGCUCGCCCUGCCGCGCCGGCGACUGUUUCUGCGCUGAGCUGGAGGCCCUCAUUCAAUGCGUCCUGGGCUUCCCCCGAGUCCCGCAUGCCGUCUGCGGCCGGCUCGAAAGCCUGCGGCCGUGCGGCAUGCGCCAGAUCACAGACCUCGUCGAGUCCAUGGCGGACUACUUUGGGUCAGAGCUGACGCUGUACUAUAUUCGCCGCGCGCCCGCGAUCCUCGAGCUGGACUUCCCGACAGUCGCGUCGCGCUGCCGCGGGCUGCGCGACGUGCUGGGUGUGGAGGAGUACGAGCAGCCGCUGCUGCUGCGCAAGUGCCCGGCGCUGCUGCUGCUGGAGCCCCAGGAGCUGCGGGCGCGGUAUGAGGCCCUGCCUCAGGUGCUGCGGCUGGCGCCAGACAAGGCGCGUGACCUGGUGUUAAAAUACCCCCCGGUCCUCAGCCGCCGCGCCGCCGCCACGGCGUUCAUGGCCGGCCGCCUGCGCGCGCUGUGCCAGGCGCGCGGGCAGUGGCAGGCCGACGCGCUGACCAUUACGCCCAGCCUCCUGGCCUUCUUUCUGAGGGACUUUGGCGACAUGGUGCGGCGCUUGGAGUACCUCGUUUCGACAGGGGAGUCCCCAGGAGUGCGGCUGCGCGAGGUGUUCAAGCCCACCACCAGCGCAUUCACCGCGCGCCACCGCGGCUUCCGCGCCUGGAGCGAGGCCGCGCGGCAGCGGCGGCAGCGGCAGGCGGCGCUCGCGCAGAGCGCGGCGCUGAGGGCCGAGGCGGACGAGCUUAAGGCGGCGAUCGCGGCCGGGGACGGCGGCGGCGGCGGCGGGCUUGGCGGUUGGGACGCCGAGGUGGGAGCGGAGGAGGACGCCAUCAUGCAGCAGCAGCGGCGGCAGCGGCAAGGGCUGGAGGUUUCGGGUUGGAGCCAGCUGCAGCAGCAGCACCAUCACCACCACCACCACCACCAGCUGCAGCAGCAGCAGCAGCAGCAGGAUGACCAGCAGUCGCAGCAGCACCAGCAGCAGCAGCACCAGCAGCAGCACCAGCAGCAGCACGCCCUAGCAGGGCAGCAGCACGAGCACCAACACCGCCAGCAGUUGCAGCAGCAGCAGAAGCGCCCGGAGCAGCAGCAACAGCAGCAGCAGCAACAACAGCAGCAACAGCAGGAGCAACAGCAGCAGCCCCAGGCAUCCCAGCACGCCAGCUCAGCCGCGCCGUUGAGCCCACAGCAGCGGGCCCAAGCAGCCGAGCGGGAAGUGCUGCGGCGUCUGCGUCAGCCAGCGCACAGGCCGCGACACCGGGAACCCUCCCUUACGUGA